AUGGCAAGGUUCCAGUUGCUCCGGGUCAAAGUGAGCUGGCCAGUACUCUUGGCUGUGGCCCAUUUCACAUACCUGCUGGUCGGGGCCACCAUCUUCCAGAUACUGGAGCGAGAGGCUGAGAGCAACAGCCGAACCCACUUCCAAAUGGAGAAGUUAAAUUUCUUGGCUAAUUAUACCUGCCUGGACGGACCAGCCUUGGAGAAGUUUGUUCAGGUGAUUUUGGAUGCCUGGGAAAAGGGAGUGAAUCCCUCAGGCAACUCAACAAACCCCAGUAACUGGGAUUUCUGUAGCUCCUUCUUCUUUGCAGGCACAGUGGUCACAACUAUAGGCUACGGCAACCUCUCCCCCAGCACUGCGUCUGGCCAAGUGUUUUGUGUGUUUUACGCACUGUGCGGGAUUCCUCUGAACCUGGCCUUCCUCAAACAGCUGGGGAAGUGUCUCACCAUCCACCUGGGCCGACUGGAGAGGGGAAUGGUCUCAGUUGUUCCACACAAGCAAACAGUAGAGGCUCUGGCAGUGAGCUUGUUCUUAAUCACAGGCAGCCUGCUGUUCUUGGUCAUCCCUCCUCUGCUGUUCAGUUACGUGGAAGGCUGGACGUUUGGCGAGGGCUUCUAUUUCGCCUUCAUUACCCUCAGCACCAUUGGUUUUGGAGAUUAUGUGGUGGGGUCUGUCCCAGGCAAGGAGUACUUCUCUCUGUACCGUAGCCUUGCAGGUAUAUGGAUCAUCUUUGCCUUGGCUUGGCUUGCUCUUAUCCUCAACAUGGGAGCCAGACUAAUGGAACAUGUGAUUGGCCUGACUCAUCCAGGCUUUAAGAAACAGGAAGAGGAAGAGGACGUGUCAUCCAGUACACUAGAAGAUACGUCAAAGAUCUGACAGCGGACUGUAGAUGGGACUAUCAGCAUGUAAUAUUCACUAGGUAGAAUAUAUUUAGUGUGAUUGUUUCAUGCACAUUUUAUGACAGAUUGUGCAGAAAGAAAACAGCAGCAUCUUUUACCAAAAGCUCUUUUUGUACGAUAUUUGCCCCAUCAUAUUUAUUCCGUCUCUAAAUGUUUUUCUUUCUAUUUAUGUUUCACCUUGUUGAGAAUUGUUUUAAUAUGUUAUACAAUAGGUAGGAAAAACAUUGCAGAUUUUUGUUUUGAC